AUGUCCUACUCGAAUGGCACAGGUGCUGCUACGGGUGGAAGCUCAUCAGGCUCUGCCUCUGGCUUUCGCUCCUCCAAGCGUGAGCUCAUCGACAGAGUCAAAUACCCCAACCCGAUCCCUGUUCCACCUUACCCACCAAAACUGGUCAAGAUCCCCUCGGAACCAUCUAGAUACGCCAACCCACACUUUGCCGAUCGUCUCGCUAGUCAACAGCCUAUCCCCAUGAUUGUCGACGUUCAUGCUGGUAUGCCCAUCGAUCUUGCCAACUUCCAAAACUUGUGGGAAGGCGAUCUCGACGAAGUCCUCCUUCCUCCAUCAGAGAGAGUCGAUGAGGCAGAUCUCGACGAUGCAGAUGCCUUUCUUCUUCAAGACUUUGCCGCCAAUCUUGCUCCUGCCGCCACUGCCAACUCUGCUACAGGUGCGAUCGGUCUGAUCACCUCUUUGAAAGCUACCGAUGACCCAGCCUCGCAAGCCACUCUAGCCGCAGCUAUCCAGCAUCGUCACGCACAAUCCCUCGGUCCUGGUGCCAAAGCCGCUCUCGCUGCUGACGACGUCUCUUGGUUGCGAAGAACCGAGUAUCUCGGCACGCAUCUCAAAGCUCAGAACCAAGUUCACAAAGCCAAAGUCGCAGAACACAUCGACGUCUCGCGCCAUGCUCAGCUCGCCAAGAUCGAAAAGUCGUUUAAGGAUGCUCAGAAGCCUCUUGGCACUCUCCUUCAUCCACACAAGAGCGGUCUCAAGGCAGUGCAGCUCUUCGACUUUCUUCCCGAUCCAGAGACCUGGGCUACCAACUAUCAAGUCGUUCGUUUCAUCGACCACCCAGGUCGCAUCCUCAAUGGUCUUCCUCAAGUCGAUCCUCGUCUCGAUGUCGGUCUCUUUCGUCCUGUCAAUGCUGCAGAUGGCGAACAGCGUGUUUCUUACUACCUGCCUGCAGGUGAAGAGAUCAACGAGGAUCCAGAAGCGCCCAUGACUCUCAUCGACAACCCUCAAGUCGAAGAAAACAACGCACGCAGACUUCGAAAGAGGAGAAGGACAGGCCGAUUCCCCAUCCCUCCACAGAACCAAGAUGCAGACGACCAAAAUGCACCUGCCAGCAAACUUGUCAAGAAAGACUACGCUACCGCAUACAAGCUCUCCCGUGACUAUGUGCCCAAGGAUACCGCAGAGACUGCUCACGAUGUUUUGCUUCUCACUCUCGACGAUGGUCUUCCUGAUCCUGAUCCAGAUGCAGAUGUUGAUCCGAUCAAAGGUGUCAAAACCGCCCCAUCCAAGCCUUCAGGUGCUGACCAUGAUCAAGACGAAGAUCUCUUCGGUGCUGACCAUGACCAAGAGAACGCCGACCAAGAGGACGUCGGCCAAGAGGAGGCCGUCGAAGACAUCGCAGCCAACACGGUUGAUUCGACCCUUCCACCUCAAUCUGAAUACGAACGUCAAAAACGAUCUCGAACAUCCGCCGCCACCAAAGGCAAAAAACGUAGCGAACAUCCGGAUGGAGAAGAUAUCACCAGUCAACCUCGUCCCAAAGCACGUGCCUACUACCAUAAGGUCGGAAUGCGUUUCACACUCCGUGUCUGGCGCUCUCGUUUCGCCAAUAACGAGAAACUACGCAACAGGGACCGAAGAUAUCAUGAUAAAUGGGAUGCUAUCGUUCUCUCCCAUCGCCAGUUGGAGGAGAGGGAGAAGCUCAAAAGGCUUUAUGCACGAAGUUUGGUCGACGAUCUUGGACAGCUUGACCCGUACGAACCGAGCGAUGAGGAGAUGGACGAGCCUUUGCCUGAGCAAGAAGGUCCUGCGCCCAACGGUGCUGAUGUUGAGGAGCUUGGUGAUAGUCAAGAUGCAUUACGCGCUCCUCAUGCAGAUGAUGCAGAUGCUGACGCUGGUGCAGCCCGCGGAAGCGACGAUGAGGACCGAGCAAGUGCUAAGCAUGACGAUGAGGCUGAUGACAGUGAUCGUGGGAGCGACGAUGAGGAUGAGCAAGAUGGCAGCGUCGAUGGAGACCAGGAGCUCGCUGCUCUCCGUGCAGAGGCUGGCGAAGCUGGCCAAGACCUCGACGCAGACAAAGAGGGCAGCGUAAGACGUGUUCGUAGCAAACCAUCUGCGCCUCAAACAAACAAUGGCCCUUGA